AUGAUUUCAGCGUGUAUUGUUCAAUCUCAUUUAUGGAAUCAUACCAAGAUUUUGCAUUUGCGUCAAAAUAUGCGAUUAUUGCAUGAUCAAGAGUUUGCAGAAUUUCUUAUUCGCAUUGGUGAUGGUGUCGAACCUACCAAACCAGAUGACAUGGUGAGGUUACCUUUACAUAUUGCAAUCCCAUGGGAAGGUGAACAUUCCAUACAAGUACUUAUCCAACAUAUUUUUCCUGAUCUAGAAUUGCAUGGUUGGGAUGCCCCAUAUAUGGUACAAAGAGCUAUUUUGACACCAAUAAAUGAUGAUGUCCAGAAAUUGAAUGAUAUGAUUAUCGAUCAGUUUCCAGGAGAAGAACAUAAUUUGUUAUCGUUUGACGAGGUUGAAGCAGAUAAUCAUAAUUUAUACCAGCAAGAAUUCUCAAACUCAAUCGCACAAGGUAGUUUGCCACCUCAUAUUCUAAAGAUAAAAAAGGGUGCACCAUUGAUGUUGUUACGAAAUCUAGAUCCUAGAUAUGGAUUGUGUAAUGGGACCCGGUUAUUAUGUCGUGGUUUAUUUAUGAAUAUGUUGGAUGUGGAAAUCCUGACAAGAAGCAACGCAGGAAAACGUGCUUUUUUGCCUAGAAUUAAAAUAAAAACAUCUGCAAGUGAUGGACUGCCUUUUGUCCUUAGUAGAAAGCAGUUUCCUGUGCGACUAAGUUUUGCAAUUACAAUAAAUAAAUCACAAGGACAAACCAUUCCAAAUGUUGGAAUAUAUCUUCCACAACAUGUUUUUAGUCAUGGACAGUUAUAUGUGGCUUUAUCCAGGGGUGUUUCACAGACUACAACAAGAGUUUUAACCAGGGAAGGAAAAUUGAAAGGAGAAGAUGGUGACUACACAAAAAAUGUAGUCUACAAACAAAUUCUUUUAUCGCACCCGCAGCCAAACUAG